AUGCAAAACGUCCCGCAGGAGUCACACCCUGUGACAGGAGCGCCAAUGGCAACUGAGGGUUAUCGGGAAAUCACUGAAGACUUUGAAGUAACGACGAAAUUCCCGUCUUCUAACGGGAGCUUUGAAGAGAUUAAAAGCAAGUUUCGGAUCGUAUGCUCCCUGCCUAAGACGGUCACGCAGCCCUACCCCGUCAUUUUAGUGCCCGAGGACCACUGUUCCGGCCAGAUUUGGGAAGAGAAGCCUGACGGAGGCCCUGGAUGGAAGCCCAACCUCCUCGAGAGAGGAUUUCAAGUGAUCACGGUAACCUUGCCAUGCGUUGGGCAAGAAUGUCUUAAAGAUCACGCAAAAUUAAGCGUGAUGGUAAAAAGACCAGACCGGGCAGUCAUGUCGAAGGCCUUUACGGCCCCGAGUUACGAUGGCGCGGCGCCCUGGUCUGCUGCUAAAACACACACGAAGUGGCCCGGACUUGGCGUGUCCAACGACACCGUCUUUGAGCAUUUUUUCCGGUCUUUACAUCCGGUGAAACACACACGCAACGAAAGACAAUUGCUUGGCCAGGCAGCCGUGGUCAAAAUCCUUCGCCAGACACAUAAAAAGUGCAUCAUCAUUGGCCACGGGACCGGUGCAACCAUUGGCCUUCUCGCCGCUGACAAGGAACCAGAUCUUGUCCUCAGCGUAGUCUCUAUAGAACCAGACGGCCCUCCCUUCGGCUAUCCUACUCUCGAACUCGAAACUGGAAAGCUCGUCGUACAGUAUAAUCCAGCGGUGCGCAAGUAUGGACUGGCGGACGUGCCAGUUACUUGUAACGUUGAGCUCGAUCCAAUGACUCCAUUCGACCUCGAGAAGGUUAGUUUUAAGGACAACAGCGGAGAAGCAAUUCUCCAGAUCAAGGGAAAGGGGAGAAAGGUUAAAGUCCUCAAAAACCUCGCAAAGGCCAAGCACCUAAUUGUGACUGGCCACAGCGGUUUUCACACAACAUAUGACCGAGCCACCGUGGACUUCAUGGUCCAGGGUGGCCUGACGGUGGACUGGAUCCGCCUGGCGGAGUUUGGGAUGGCCGGCAACGGCCAUUUCAUGAUGUUAGAGACGAACAGCUCUAGCAUCUUAAACCUUAUACACUCUUGGUUGGCCGAUGCUCAUACUAUGGUUUCCAUCCCCGCCGGUUCGCGAUAUGACAAGGUUGCAACUUCGACAAUGCGCCAUGACAGCAACUGCCGCACACAGCAGGCAAGAGUCGGUGGUUACAAAUUCACCGGCGAAGAUGUUCGCAGUGCUGUGUUGAAACGUACAGUUGAACACACACAUUCUGAGAACUCUGAAGCCUCUCAAGAGCCCAAGAAAAGGAUCAAGCUUACCCUUCACAGCAACAAAGAGACUGCCAGUCAAGGUGCUCAGCGGAAGAUUGCUGUUAAGCAAGCUGCCCGAAACGUAUGGACCAAGGAUUGGACUCAGCGGAAGAUUGCUGCAGAGUCCACAGCACACCCGAGCACAGCUCUAUCAUCUCAGGCGACCAGUGCUGCCGUCAAUAACCGUUCCACGCAGCAUGUACUUCUGCUUCCGAAGUCAACGGUUCAUAACCAGCAUAAUCCUAUGCAACACAACGCACCCUAUGGGACCCCGAAUCCUCCGAGUCAAGCUCAUCAACAGCAUCGGGGUCACCAACAGAAUAAUGCUCCCCAGCAGUACCACAGCCUGCAUCAGAACAUUCAGUUCCCAACAGGACUGUUUACCAGUUCCGUAUACAACCAGUUCCCAGCAGGACUGUCUACCAGUUCAGGAUCCAACCAGGCCCCUCAGGGAACCAUUAGGCAGCCCCAGAACGCAGGCUCAAACCAGCUCCUCUACCCGCAAGUUACGACUGCUGAUGCUGGGCUAUCACAGAGCGCUAGUUUUUAUCACGCCAGCGCAACUCAGAAAACACCUUCACAGCAGAGCGAUGCACAGACGACGAGCCAGUACACUUACCUAGCGCAGCAAGCCCCCUCCAAUCAACACAAGACUAGCGACCAAAUCCAGCUGACAGGGUUCGAGAUGAACGCUGUAGACUGGACCACUGAAAAUUGGAACAUCGACUGGGGAACCCAAGAUGUUUCCCACAGCAAUCAAUUCUCUGAGGCUGCGAUGUCGAACUUUCUCAGCAUGGACGCUGUGGCAAACAUGACUGGUCUUGUCACGGAGCCUCAAGCUGCUGGAGUAGGCUAG